CACUUAACAGUCAUCAGAUUCAUAACAGACACAUUCCCAGGAGCCAAAGCUGGUCGCAACUGCAAAAGAUGGCAUUCUGGUCGUUCAUCCUGAUUUCUGUACUUUGCUUUGCUGCUCAUUCAGAAGCAAAAUGGAAACUGAAGGACAAUGUCUACAUCAUAGAUUCAGAAUGGACAGCUGAUGCACAACAUGAAACCAUAACUCUCCAAUGCAAUGUCUCUGGAAAUCACAACAACACAUCGGUCUACUGGAAGAAAGACAACAAGCGAGGCAGACAUGGUGCAAAUUGGGAAAUAAAAGUGAGGGAGCCUCGAGAUGCUGGCAAUUUCACCUGCUGGAGUAGUAAAAACCAUGAGCUUUUAAGUUACACUACUCUGUAUGUUGCUAAGAAAAUUCCAAUAGGGGAAAUUCUCGAAAAUAACGAAUCAAACAAUUCAAGCAACUUCAGAUGCACAGCAAAAAAUUAUUCUGGAAUCUUCACGUGUUCAUGGAUGAGAAAUUCCGAAAGCCAACCUCAAAGCACGAAGUUUGCAGUCAGAAGUCUAAAUAUUGAUACUUCGGAGAGCAUAACUUGUGAGGAACCCAUAAGAGAUUCUGCUACAUCACAAAGAUACUCAGUUUCCUGCAAGAAAGAGAGAUCCUGUGAAUCUGCUGAAGAGUAUCAGCAAAUUUCAAUGGUUGUAGAUGCUUUUGAUGAACAUCUAUAUGAAAACGACACACACAGCUUCUUCAUCAGAGAUAUCCUAAAACCUGAUGUUAUUGAAUGUGAAACAAGAAGAAUUGGGUCAUCCAGGUUCCUAGUGACUUGGAACCCCCCGCAAACCUGGAGUAAGCCAUUAUCUUAUUUUGGACUGUCAUACCAGAUCAAAACUGACGAAGAGACUUGUGCUGUUGAUAACCCUGUACCACAAGAAAAUGGAAGUACCGUAGGUUGCCAUAUUAAAACGCGAGGUGACAAGAUAUAUAUCCAAUCCAAGGAUGGCUACAACAAGAAUUCUUCUUGGAGUGAAUGGUCUAAGCCUUGCAGAACAAUGGCAGGCAAUAUCCCUGUUGUCUAUGAAGGAGAGGUAGAGGAAGAAGUAGCAAUUAUCCUUUGUUUUCUGAAGAGGAAAGUCUAG